UCCAUCCUUUCGAAAGUGGCGCACAGACAAUGCCAUUGUCAAAGGAUGGUUGAUCAAUUCCAUGGAACCAUCACUGAUCGGGAACUUCAUCAGAUUUCCAACCGCAAAACUGGUGUGGGAUUCCAUUGCGACCACCUACUUUGACGGAAGUGAUACAUCUCAGGUGUAUGAUCUCCGGCGACGUGUGACUCGGCUGAAACAAGCAGGUGGCUCUCUUGAAAAAUAUUUUACUGACCUCCAGGGCCUAUGGCGCGAGAUUGAUUUUCGCCGACCAAACCCGAUGGAAUGUGUGGCUGAUAUUAAGCACUACAACGACAUGCUUCAGGAAGACCGGGUGUAUGUCUUCUUGGAUGGCUUGGAUGAUCGGCUUGAUAAAAUUCGAGGGGACAUACUACAGAUGAAACCUUUCCCUACUAUUGAACAAGCGUACGCUCAUGUUCGUCGGGAAGCUGUCCGGCAGGCAGUUAUGAUCACAGGUGAUUCUAGUGAUAAUCCGGGAGCAGUCUUGGCUUCGAAGAGCUUCAGGUCUGGACAGAAUAUCCCAUCCUCGACCAAGUCUCUCUCUCUCGGCAAUGGGAAAGGCAGCAACCCUUCUCGACCACGAAUUCCCUCUGAUGGAACCAAGUGUUCACAUUGUGGAAAUUCGAAACAUACCAGAGACACUUGCUUCAAACUACACGGAUAUCCUGACUGGUGGAAUGAACUUCAGGCUCGAAAACGCCGUGAUGCUGGCUCGGAUGGAGGAACUGGUCAGGCUGCAGUGGCUACAACAGAACCAUGUCUCUCUCUCGUCGAGACGUCUAAAGGAGAUGCACUGGCCACGGAUCCAGGAUAUUCUUACCAAGGAGAUCAUUGGGCGUGGUACUAAGCGGGGGGGGCUCUACUAUGUGGAUGAUCUCAGUGUGGGACGUGCAAAUCACAUGCAUCAUCCAGUUGACGACAAAAAACGACAGAUUUGGCUAUGGCAUCUCCGGUUAGGACAUCCAUCAUUUGGUUAUAUGAAACAUUUAUUUCCU